GCGCCUGCUUGGUCGAGCCCGCUCGGGCAGCAUUGGGUGGGCCUUCGCGAACGCGCGUGUACGGCUUCUUCUAGGGAAGGUUCCGGAGCUUUAGGCGCGUCCCCGGCUUUAGUUAAGCGCGUUCUUCUUCGGUCGCUCCCUCUCUCCUGUCACUCCCCCUCCUCCCAGCUCUAGCGAGCGAGACUUUCCAGCGAGCUCUCCUUGCAGCAGAGUUAGCAGCCGCAGCACCAGGUGACCUUUCUGAUAGGAUGGCUGAUCAACAUCAGGACUUCAGUAUGACAGAUGAUCAUUUGGUGAGCCAAGCUAGGUGGAAUCCGUCAGGCACUCCCCUCCAUAUACCAGUUGAUGAUGGAUCUGAUGAACCAGGGUCUGAAGCUUCUGAUGCUAAGAGUACCCCAACUGUGGAAGAUAUUAUGGCUCCAUUAGUAGAGGACACAGCAUAUGAGGAUCAAAAUUCAGCUCAUCAGCAUGCAGAAAUGCUUGAAGGAACCACAGCUGAGGAAGGAGGCAUAGUUUGUUCUCCUAACCAUGAAGACCAUGCUUCGGGGGAUGCUCAAGCUCACAUUGACAGCAGAGAUAAAAAUGAAUUUGGGACUGAAGAGCCAAAACCAAAGACAUCUAUACCUUCCUCUGUCAAAAUCCCACAAGGUAGAUCUUCCAUUACCCCCAAACGCUACACCUCUAUUAGCUCUAUCCCCUUGAAAAAACCUUCCAAUCCUUCCAAGUCCUCAUCAUCUACCCCUAAAUGCAUCUCUUCUAUCGCAUCCCGAUCAACCAGUACAGGAAUAAAAGGAAAAAACAACAAGGGUCCAGAUAUGAAAAGUACAUCGAAGAUAGCAACUCCACGCUCUGCUGUGGCACAGAAUCAGAAGAGCCCAGCCAGUGCAUCUCGAAUCCCUUCCAAAACUCCCACUGUUCCUAAAACACCACCGAGCCUCAUUGCUAAGAAGGAGCAGAGAAGGCCCCCUAGCACAGCAGCAAAAUCUGAGAGAGGUGAACCAACCAAGUCUGGAGAGAGAAGUGGGUACAGCAGUCCUGGAUCUCCAGGAACCCCUGGCAGUCGCUCUCGCACACCAUCCUUGCCAACUCCACCAAACAGGGAGCCCAAGAAGGUUGCAGUGGUUCGUACACCACCAAAAUCCCCUUCUUCUGCCAAGAGCCGCCUGCAGACAGCUCCGGUCCCCAUGCCAGACCUGAAGAAUAUCAAGUCCAAAAUUGGUUCCACUGACAACUUAAAGCAUCAACCUGGAGGUGGAAAGGUGCAGGUGCUUAAUAAGAAGCUGAACUUUAGCCAUGUCCAAUCCAAGUGUGGAUCAAAGGAUAAUAUCAAACAUAUCCCAGGAGGAGGCAGUAUACAAAUUGUAUACAAGCCAGUGGAUCUUAGCCAUGUAACAUCCAAAUGUGGGUCUCUGGAUAACAUUCAUCACAAACCAGGUGGUGGACUGGUAGAGGUGAAAUCUGAGAAACUGGAUUUCAAAGAUAAAGUGCAAUCAAAAAUUGGAUCAUUAGAUAACAUUACCCAUAUUCCUGGAGGAGGAAAUAAGAAGAUUGAAAGCCAUAAAUUGACCUUUCGUGAGAAUGCCAAAGCCAAGACUGAUCAUGGAGCUGAAAUUGUCUACAAAUCACCCACUGCUUCUGGAGAGGCUUCUCCUCGUCGCCUUAGCAAUGUCUCUUCGACUGGAAGCAUCAACAUGGUGGACUCCCCUCAACUGGCCACAUUGGCUGAUGAAGUUUCUGCUUCCCUGGCCAAGCAAGGCUUGUGAUUGUAUUGUAGUGGUUGGAGAUAAUAAGAGAAAAAUUAACUCUGUUCCUUCUUUCUGUUCUUUUUUCCCCAUCUACAUCCCUCAUCAUUCCUAUUUAUUUAAAGUUAAUAUCAACUCUAAUCUGUUCCCUCUCCUUCCUUUAUUUAAACAGUCAUCUGUGGUCUUAGGAUUUCAUAAUAAUUAACAACUUGGAAGCAAAGAUUUCCAUCCUAUAUGGAAUACGCUAUUUAAAAAGUCUCCCAUCACUUCGCCUCAUCUCAAAACAAAAACAAAUUUAAUUGACUACAUAUAAAUUAGUGAUAUUUGAAAUCUCAAACUUGGGGACGUAAAAUGAUAUAUUCUGCUGUACAUGCUCAUUAUUUGGCCAAGUUUUUUCCAUUGAAAUAUAAGGCAUAGAAGCCUCAUGACCACCUUAACAAUCAUGGCUGCUUAUUUAGUAUAGAAGUUAAUGCAGGUCCAGAGAUUUCUAGUGUACAAGCAGAUCUUCUACUUCAAAUGUCUCUCCUGCUAGAGCUGGAAUCCCAGGCUUUAAUAUUUGAAGUAUAUUUCUUCCUUUGAAGGAAAAAUUUUGAUAUAGGAAAGAGAGCUUUUGAAAGGACUGUUAUGUUACAUAUGCACCUAUUCUUUUUGGUACUGAGAAUUUUUGGGAACCAGGUUUAAGUUCAAGAUAAAACUGCAUGCUUUGGAUAAUUAAGACGUAAGCCAAAACUGCCUUGAAAGCCUGCAGAAUGCCAGUUCUCUUUAAUUGAAAUGAUGUAUUUUAAAGGCGAUAGCUUAUCUAUUUUUUGUUUGUAUCUAAAAUUAAUCUUUGACUUUAGGCUGUAUGGUCAUCCUACUAAAAUAAUUGGACUUAAUUUCUUAUAUGCUAAGUUCUUUUAAUUUUAUUGGAUCAGUUACAUUCUUUUUUCUCUUUUUCAGUUAACUAUUGCCUCUCUUUUGCCCAUCUCACCUUCAACCUCCAUGAUUUUGUCACACCAUAAAAAUUUGUCCAGAAUUGCUGGGGAAGAAGCAAAUUUGCCUUUGUGUUCAGCCCAAUUGGCCUGGUUGUUCCAAUGUUUUUUGUAAAUGUAGAAAUUUGUGAGAUAGAGGUAUGGCUCUAGGCAUAUUUAAAAAUAAAGGAAUUGAUGUACUUAUUUAUGGUGCAUGCAGGUGUUUUUUAGGAAGGACAAUUGCGUGAAAGGUCACCAGUUCAGCAGAAGUGGGAACAUGUAUAUUUUGACCUAUAUAUCACACAUCUUUAUGUAAUAUUUGUGUAUUUGAAAGAAGCAUCACACAUCAGAAAUCAUAGCCAGAAGCAAGUACACUCCUUUCAAUAGUUAGCAUUCAGUUACUACUUGUAGAUUAUUCAGGAGACUUUUUAGCACCUUAGAUAUUGCAGAAUUAUGAUUUGCACUCAACCACAUGAGUCUAAUCAUCAAACUGUUAGGGAUCCUGGGAGUUGUAAUUCAGAAAUAGCAGAAGAGUUGUCAGAAGAACUAGCUGUAAGAAUGAGGGAUGUGUUUCUGCUAUUAAGCUCACUCACUGCAUUGCAGCAAGCACUGCUAAAAGACAUUUGAUUCUGAAGAUCUGUGAACUUUAAUUGAUCCACUGUGAAAAAACGUAAUUUUCAUAAGGCACGUUGCAUGAAAGCACUGAUUUAACAAGCUUUUCCCCACAUGCUGCUCGUUGUCGGGAGAAAUUUUUCUAUGCUAAGGGGAUAUAUUUGAUAUUCCACAAAAAUAUUACUGAAUUACAACUCCCAUCUUGCAUUACCUGUCAUAGUGGCAAUGAAUAAAUUUAGAGUCCUCCAAGAAUCUGUGUUAUAUGAAAUAUAUCUGUGAGGGGCAACAAAUUAGACUGAACAGAAAUUGUGAAUAACUGGUUUGUCCCUUUCUACCAGAUUUAGCGAUAAGUGUUUGAAAUUGCUGAGACAUUUUUUUAGGAUGAUUUAAUUCAAAAGAACAUAAAAAUAAGGAAUUUUAUAGGCGGAGUAGAACAAGAAUGACUGUUGGAUCAAUUGGAGUGCUCUAAGAGCAUCUAAGAAUAUCUAGUUGAUUUUAGAGAUACAUUCUUCUUUCCACAAAAACUGAAGCUUGCAGUAUAUACAAUCAUUAUGGUGUUCAUCACUAUUGAAUUCUGUUUUCUUGCUCACUCUUCUACACUCAGAGCAAUGACAGGAAACUUCCUUGGUGAUCAUCCCUUUCCAACCUAGUUCAUGGUAUCCCUUUGGACUAUAAUGAAAAUCCCAGCCUGUAUCCUUUCUAGGUUGAGCCAACAGUCAUAAAAGAGAUUGGUUUUUCUCUGCAUGCUGUAGUUUCAUGCAUGUGAUCAAAGGUAAUCAUGCUAACUCAAAGUCUAACUGCAUGUGUUUGGUUGACAGCAAAAAUUGACAAUGAUCAAAGUUGAAAGGGCUUUUAAGAAAACUGGUUUGCUCUGGAAACAAUCUAUUUUUUAACAUGUUAAUCUGAUUUCAAGUCUGAAAUUUUGAAAUUACCAAAAUCAGGAUACCUUAAUAGGCAACAGAUAAAGAAUCCUUGGUAAAAAGAAACAUUUUGUUUCAAAGCCAAUUAAAAGAAGGUCCAGUUAUUAUCAUUUGCUUUAUGAUCCUUAAUACCCAUCAUAUUCUGGGGGAGGGGGAAUGGAUAGAGGAGCAGCACCAAGUUGAAGAAAUCAUACAAGUCGAUAAUUCUUGGUCAGCAGCAUUGCCCUUUUGAUUUGCUGUAAAAACAUAAAUGUUCAUCUGUGGUACCGCCAUCCUUUUUCAGUACCAAGAUAAAAGUCAAGGGGAAAUUACUUGCUCCAUCAGUUCAAAGGAGGUUUCCUCUUUUUUUGUAUACUAAUCAAUCAUCUGGAUCAUGUGAAGAAAGUUUUGACAAGCAGAACUUGUGGGAUCUGAAGGGGAGAGUGAGUUGGACAGAGCUAAGGAGAUAUUUUACUCCUCAAACGCUCAAGUGGAAGAGAAGAUUUUGCAGAGGAUUCAUCUGUACAUCAACAGUCACUUUCCAGUCAUUUAUAAGCCUGUUGUUACCUCUGUAGUUAAGUUAGGAUGGUAGGUUUAUUCUUUUUUAAACUAAAAAAAUUAUCAAAAUUAGAAAAUCUUUCACUGCGAAGCUAUACACUAUGCCAUUGUGAUUUCUUUUUGCUUGCGUUUGAGGACUUUGGGCUGGAAAAUCUUACAAUAUCCUUAGCAGCUACUGUAGAAGAAUAAGCCUCAAAACACCCCCACAUUUGAUAACUCUCUUUCUUCAGCAUUCAACAGUGAAGAGCAAUCAUGCUCUACUUCUAGAAAGAGUAUUGGUCUUUAAGUCCUUUUUCAGAAAAUUAUGCCUUGCCUCCAUUUAUAUUUACUAGUGCUUAAAUCCUCCUCUUUCCAAAGCAUUUCACACAUAUUUGAGUGUUCUGAAUUCUUUCACCUACCCUCUUUUAGCCAUUUUCUUUGAUCAUAGGUCCCAUUUCCCAACUGUAUUUUGAUUGACUUUGUGUCCUUCUAGGAUUCACAGAUAUUUUCCCCCAGAUGGUGAAGACCCAAGGUGGUUCCAGACCAAAGCCAUCUUAAACUGAGUGGCUUCUGUUUUAUCUUGGUAUAUAAAUAUACAUAUCUAGGGGUUUAAAAGUGUUAAAACAUGACAUUGGUUUUGAAGUUCACAAAAAAGGGGCUUUAUUACAUAAAUUUGCAAGUACAAAAAAGGGACAAUGGAGUUUGGAAAACACCAUCAUUCCCUUUUAAAAGUUUUUUCAGAGACGGGGAAACCGGGAGGGGGUGGGAAGGGCAUGAGAUUUCCAUAUGGUCAUCCUAGCUUAGCUACCUGUCUGUAACUGUCCAUGUUGUAUUUGUGUGUUUUAACAACUGGUUUACACUGACUGUUGCUGUAAAAGUGAAUUUGGAAAUAAAAAGUCAUUACAACAAUAAUUCAAUGUGUUGUCUUUGUUGAAGAAAACUCCCCAGACAGAAGCAGGGGCAAACUUCUUCCAAACUGCCAUUAAGAAAAGCUUCCAGACUCAAUGUAAUCAUCAGAAUUAAGCCUGAAAAACUUUCCUUUUAUUGAAAGGAUGGGAUGGUGCUCACACCAAGCUGAUUAAGGCAACUGUGAUUAUCUUUGCACCUUCCAUUUCUUGCAGCAUCUCUUACCCAUUCCAUAAAUGGCAUUCACUUUUAUUCAGCUGCUUUACCUAUCAUAAAAAGUAAAAUGCUCAAAAUCCUGGCUAAAUCACCUAUCUGAAAAAAGUACUAUUUCUUUGAAAUAUUAUCAAUAGUUCGUAAAACUCAUUUUACAAUCCAAAAAUGAAAACCACUGUGUUUUCUAUUGAAAUAGUUUCCUUAAUUCUCUAAAUCCCCUACAAUGUAUUUUCCCCAUUUUAUUCCCCAAUAAAUUAUAGCACUUUCCUUAACUUUUAAAUUUUUUUAAUUUUUUUUUAUAAGCACACAUUGGUGCUUUGGCCAACAGAAUCAAGACAUUAAACAAAGAUCAGCUUCUCUGAAGAAAAGCAUUUCUAUAUAACAAAGACAUUACACAGCUUGAAGCAGGAAAAGAAAUAUUUACAAAAUACAAGGUGGGUUUUAUUUUUAUUUUUUGUAGAUUUUUUUCCUUUUUAACGCUAAGAUGGUUAUUCAGAAUUUUCAACUUUAUAAAUAGAAAAGCACUUAACGCAGAGGGAUAUAGUAGCAUUGGGUUUUUUCCUUUUUUUUAAAAAAAAUAAACAGAACAGAACCAAAAACUUUAGGUAAUGUUGAAAAUUGUGAAAAAACCCCAACCAUUAAGCAGUUUAGCUACUAUUUUGUUACGAUUACAAAAUGAGAAAAAAGUUUUUUUUUCCUUUUUUGGUGAUGUGAUUAAUAUAGAAGACAGGCGCAAUGCUUAACAACAGGACAGGGACCAACAGCCACACCGCUAAGGUCAGGAAAACAUUACAAUGGAUUGGUGUGCAAAAUAUGGGAGUGACCAGGGAAGUGAAGUGAGGACAGUGGCCUUAAAUUAAAUUAAAACUAAAGUAAAUUCUGAUCUGUUCAACUUGGCAAAAAUCAGUCCAAGCCAUUUUUAGGAGGGAAAAAAAAAGACAUGAGAUUUACUUCUCUCUCAAAACUACUCUUUAAAUUGCGAAAAAGAAAACAAAAAAAUCAGAUCUGUUCAUCAAGGCAAAGGUCAGCCCAAGCCAUUUUCAGGAAAGGAAAAAAAAGAUUUGAGAUUUACUUCUCUCUCAAAAUUGCUCUUUAAAUAAAAAAAAAAAUCAGAUCUGUUCAUCAUGGCAAAAAUCAGCCCAAGCCGUAGGGGUAGGAGUGUGGGGUGUUUGUGUGAUAGGGACAUGAUUGAGAUUUACUUCUCUCUCAAAAGUGCUCUUUCAAUUUAAAAAAACAAAAACAAAACAGAUCUGUUGAGCUUGGCAAAAGCCAGGCCAAGUCAUUUUCAGGGGAGG